ACUUUUGUAUCACCCUAACAGAAACUGUUGCAACUGUCUAAGUUUGAUCUUUCGUUCCGAUCCAAUCUCCGCCGUCCAUUCUCUGCCGUUUUUAUUAUAGAGUCCAGUAUUCGGAUUCUAUUCUCUGAUAUCUCGCGCACACAGACCCCCACCACACACCACGUCCAUCUCUCUCUCUCUGGCUGUGGCCGUCCUGUUUCUCUCUAUCUCUCUCUUCGCUUUUGGAAGACGAACAAGAUGAUGCGUUUGGCGAAGAUAAAGAUUCGAUGCUUUGUCAGUCUCCUAUUGGUCGAUCUAUUGUUUUCUCGCAGAUUUUAAUGUCACACGUCGCGCCACGGCCGAUCCGAUCUGAUUCGGUUCUGUUUCGCGCCGGAGAUUUCGGAAGAUUUCCGAAACUAUUUUGUCCGCUGCUUGAUUCUGCUAAAGCUUCGAUUUCUCGAGAAUUCACCAAGAUCUUUGAAGUUUGAAGUUUGUGAAAUUUUUGAGUCUGUUGAAAAGCUGUGAUAAUGGAAGAUGGAAAAGUGAACAAGGUGAGUGGUGGAAUGCCAGACACUGUGUUUGAGUGUGUGAUCAGUUACAUUGACGACGCACGUGACCGCGACGCAGUGUCUCUGGUGUGUCGGCGAUGGUACGAGAUCGACAAGACGACGCGAAAGCACGUUACGAUCGCUCUAUGUUAUACCACGACGCCGCAGAUGCUGUGGCGGAGGUUUCAGCACCUGGAGUCGCUGAAAUUGAAGGGGAAGCCGAGAGCGGCGAUGUUUAAUCUGAUUCCGGAGGAUUGGGGAGGGUAUGUGACUCCCUGGGUGGAAGAGAUUUCGAGGUCGUUUAGUUGCUUAAAGGCUCUUCACUUUCGCCGGAUGAUUGUGAUGGACUCGGAUCUUGAGCUCCUUGCUCAUUCUCGUGGUCGAGCUUUACAAUCGCUCAAGAUUGACAGAUGCUCUGGAUUUUCCACUGAUGGUCUUCUUCAUGUCGGCCGAUUUUGCAGGUUUGUGAUUAUUGCUUUUCGCUGAUUCUACUUCAAUUCU